AAUGCGUUCCAUUCAAAUCCGACUAACACUGUAUUCGAUGCCAAACAUCUCAUUGGCCGGAAAACGGACGACUUGGAAUUAAAGCGUGACAUCAAACAUUUUCCCUUCCAACAUUCGAAGGAGAUCAGUGCUAUGAUUCUGACAAAGAUGAAGGAGACUGCAGAGGCCUAUCUCAGCACAGAGGAGAUCAGUGCUAUGAUUCUGACAAAGAUGAAGGAGACCGCAGAGGAGAUCAGUGCUACGAUUCUGACA